AUCAUAAUUUUGCAAUCCAUAAUUAUGUCACUGUAACAUUGCACUAAAACUACGCAUGUAUAAAAAGACGUGGCAUGGCGGUCUUGUAUCUUUUUAAAGUAAAAAUGGCGGGGAAAAUACUGAUUUUGGCGCUUGCGUUAUCAAUUUGCAAGGUCCAGUCUCAGUCAAUUGGCUGCUGUUCGCCGUCGUCAAACAGCCAGUCAUCAUGUGGACCAUCGCAAUCACAGAUGAUGAAUGGACUAAAAGCAUCACCGCAACUCCAGUUUGUACCAGGGCAAAAUUUUAACCUUCAAGCCAUACCCCUUUCACAAUUUUCGCAACAGUCACAGGGGUCACAAGGAUCGAAUAUACAGAAGGCCCAAUCAGCUAUUAAUGUUCCAAAACAAAGUUUUCAAGUAUCUUCUUCACCGCAGAUUUCAUCAUCUUUCGCCCAACCCUCUAACGUACAAUGCUCUCAACCCUACCCUCAAGUCAUCACCGCUCCAGUGUCCACCAUCACCAUCCCCUCCACGGGCUGCACCACCGCCAUCGACGACUGCCUUGCCAACACUUUAGCCAACGCUUUACAGAUGAUGAUCGCCAACGAUUUCAUCAACUCCGUCAUCAGCAAUAACAUCAUCAACCAAGACUCCCUCUCCAUACCCGUCGUGGAAACUUCCGUACCUAGUGUUGACCUUAACUCUUUCAUUAGGAACCUUAACGCUAACCAGCUAGCUGAAACACAGACUGCUCAAUAUUAUGAACCCGAAGAAACAAAUGAUUGCUACAACUGGGAAAAUCUCCUAAACUAUUUAAACGAAGACAAGAAAGCUGAACCAGAGCCAGAAAACAAAUACGAUGCUUUCUUUAAAUAUUUAAAGGGAAAGGGACAAACUGUUGAUCAGAUCACGAAACAACCAGAAGCUCCGAUCAUCACCGCAUGUGUUCAAAACCAAGACGACGAUGCUAUUCUACAGGCUUUAGCAAAAUACUUUGGUAAUAAUUGUGAUACAAGUCCAAAAUGUGGGAAUGCAGCUCAAGUAGUGUUCCCUGAAGAGAUCCCAGCGCAGCUAAUCUGCAAUUAUGGGUACAUCCCGACAACAACGCCGGUUGUUAGCUUCUCUGUUCAGCCAUUAGAUCCUAAUUGUAAUUUUAUCGUUGGUGCUGGUGGUCAAAUUGUUAAUUAA